AUCAGAAUCAUUGAUCACCAGCACUCAACAAACGCAAAAUAGAAGCGGAUUCUGGAGGACAUUACCAGUGCCCCUUCUACGGUUAGAUUGCUCGAGUGUUUUUGGGGCUUGCUCAAUCAGAGGUAGGCCCUUUACUUUGCAUGCAAGAUUAUUUAUUGGUGAAGUUGGAUAUGAAACAUUGUUGAUAUGGAAUGUAAUAAGGACGAAGCUCUCCGGGCUAAAGAGAUAUCUGAGGUGAAGCUAGUAGAACAAGAUUUUGUGGGAGCGAAAAAGCUUGCACAAAAAGCUGAGAAGCUGUUCUCUGGGCUUGAAGGUCUUCCGCAGCUUUUGACAACGCUUGAUGUGUACAUUUCUUCAGAGAAGAAGAUUAAUGGGCAAACAGAUUGGUACGGUGUUCUUGGUGUGGAACCCACAGCCGAUGAUGAGACUAUUAGGAAGAAUUACAGGAAGCUGGCUCUCACCCUUCAUCCUGACAAAAACAAGUCGGCUGGAGCUGAAGGCGCCUUUAAGCUUGUGUCGGAGGCAUGGACAUUACUGUCUGAUAAGGUUAAACGAAAAAUAUAUGACCAAAAACGAAACCCAAGACCUGUGUACCAGAAACCCGUCACUGAAACUCAGAAGACUUCAGCCCCUACUACUCAGCCCACUCAACCAAUUCCUCGGCCACCAAAUACCACAUUUUGGACUAAGUGUACAAGAUGCUUAAUGCAUUUUGAAUACUUGAAAAUUUACCUCAACCAGAAAAUUCUUUGCCCCAAUUGUCGUGGGCCCUUUUGGGCUGUAGAGUUGUCCGCCCCACCCAUAAACCAUCAUGCAACAACGCGGUAUCCUCAAAAGCAGAAUCACAAUGCAAAUCAUCAAGUGAAUGUUCCACAGGGUCCAUCCUUAAACUCAUCUAGGGUCAACCAUGUGAAUGUUCAGCAGGGCCCAUCUGUAAACACUUCAGCUGUGAACGGCAGUGGACAAUUUAAAAGACGACAUGAAGUGAAAGCAGGUGCAACAAGAUAUCAGACCUCAAAUUCAGGGUUAGGUUCUGUUAAAGGUGAUGGAAUUGCAAAAAGGAGACGUGUAGCCGAACAGUCUUCAAUGGUACAUGCCAGCAAUGCAUAUGUAAAAGCCAAUUCAGGAGGGGAAAAGGUUAAUGUUUCUGUACAGCGGAAGCUUAAUAAUAGUACGAGGGAAUUGUCCCAGGCAGAAGUUCGUACCAUGUUGAUGAAAAAAGCUAGGAAAGAAAUUCACAAGAAAAUGGAUGAAUGGAUUGCAGAAAAAGCUUCAAGGAAAGAAGGUAGGAAGAGAGAAAAUGAGAUGACUCAUCGUGGUAAAAAGAAUGCUGAUGAGAUCACUGUAAAUGGUAUGAGCAAAGUUAAAGGCAUAAAAGCACCGUCAAAAGAUGCUGUGGAUACAGUUAACAUGGACUCUGAUACGAAGGAAGUUGACAUGGGCUCUGUUGCGAAGAUUGAAGCGGUACUGAUGAUUGUUCCAGAUCCAGAUUUUCAUGAUUUUGACAUGGAUAGAACUGAAAGGUCAUUUGGUGAAAACGAGGUUUGGGCUGCUUAUGAUGAAGAUGAUGGAAUGCCUCGAUACUAUGCAAUGAUUCAUAGUGUCAUAUCGAAAAAACCCUUCAAGAUGCGUAUAAGUUGGCUGAAUUCCAAGAGUAAUGCUGAGCUAGGACCGAUUAAUUGGGUCGCAUCUGGCUUUCCUAAAACUAGUGGAGAUUUCAGAAUAGGCAAGCAUGAAAUCAAUACCUCACUUAAUUCUUUCUCACACAAGGUUCAAUGGACCAAAGGCAAAAAAGGGGUUAUUCAAAUUUACCCACGAAAAGGUCAAGUAUGGGCCCUUUAUAGGAACUGGUCUCCUGAUUGGAAUCAGUUUACUCCAGAUGUAGUGGUACAUAAAUAUGACAUGGUGGUAGUUGUUGAAGAUUAUAAUGAGGAGAAGGGGGUGAUGGUAGCUCCUUUGGUUAAAGUUACUGGUUUCAAAUCUGUGUUUCAUCAACAUCCUGAUGAGAUGGAAUCACGGACGAUUCCUAGAGAAGAAAUUUUUAGAUUGUCUCAUCAGGUUCCUUUUUAUUUGCUCACAGGUGAAGAAUCUCUUAAUAUUCCCAAGGGUUGCUGGGAGCUUGACCCUGCAGCACUACCCUUGGAGCUGCUUCAGCCCACAAUUGAAACAAAAGUAAAGGCAGUGGAUGAUGGACAAGAUUCCAGGGGAAACGAGGCUAAGGGGAUUAUAACAUAUGCUAGAAAGAUGCGAAAAAAUGUGGAACUUAAAGGGAAAGAAAUUGAUGAAACCAACAAAGGGAAUCAAGAGGCAACGGAUUUAGAAAAUAAUAGCAGAUAGAUCUGGGAUAGUAUGGAGCUUAGUUGACCUGAAGUAGUCAUCAGAAGCUUUCAAUUUUGGACUCAACCCUGUCUACAAGUUGUAGACAUUUUAAGGAGCUAAUUUGUAGCAGGUCGAGCUUUGUCAAGGUUAUCUUAACUUUUUUGCUUGCUGUAAAAAACUUAUUUUCUUGUUUUUCUUUGGCUUACUGGAGACUGUCAUAUACAUGAUAGCAAGAUUUAUGA